AUGGCGGCGGUCACCUGCUCCGUCAAGUGCAUCCUACGCACUUCAGCUGGGCGAGGGAAACGACGUCGAGGAGAUCAAGAACAUGGUAACGGCGACCAGGUAGAUCGUGGCCUCGAGCAGUUGCGGGCCAACAGGCCGAGCUGGACAUGGGCGCAAGAAGAUUUGCGCGGGAUCAGUGACGGCACCGCGGAGAAGGAGGCGAUGCGCCCGAAAAAGAAGGCUCGUGGUCAAGGGACCUCCGUCGACUCCGGCGGGUUGACGGCGCUCGCGCUCCGCCUGGCCGACAAGUUGUCCAAUGGCGAGGAGCACAAGGACCAGAACAUCAUGUUCUCGCCGCUGUCCAUCUACACCGCGUUAGGUCUGUUAGCUGCCGGCGCCCGUGGCACCACACUGGACGAGGUUCUUGCCGUGCUCGGCGCCGCGUCGCGAGACGAGGUCGCGCGGGGGAUCGUGCGAGCCGUGGCGGAGAACGCCCUCGCCGGCACCGACGACCCGUCAGGGCCGCUCGUCGUUACGUCUGCGUGUGGCGUGUGGUGCCAGAAAGAUCUGUCGCUCAAGCCGUCCUAUCGGCAGGCCGCCGUCGAGUCCUACAAGGCCGAAGCGCGGGCCGUCGACUUCAUCAGAAAGGCAGAGGAUGCAAGAAAGGAGAUCAACAGCUGGGUCGCGAAGGCCACAAAGAAGCUCAUCACCUCCGUCCUCCCGCCAGGCUCCGUUCACGGGGGCACCAGGCUCGUUCUCACCAAUGCCAUCUACUUCAAGGGCGAGUGGGAGGAGGCCUUCCUCCGGAGCCGCACCAAAGAGCACAGGUUCUACCGUCUCGACGGCAGCGCCGUCAGCGUGCCCUUCAUGGGCGGAAUCGGAGGCGGCGACUACCGGGUGGGCUGCCACGACGGGUUCAAGGUGCUCAAGCUCCCUUACAAGCAGGCCGCGAAUGGCGGCGGUGGCGGCAAGGCGCGGUACUCCAUGUGCGUCUUCCUCCCAACUGCGCGCGAGGGGCUGCGUAGCCUUGUCGACGAGAUGGCAUCCAGCGGCCCGGGCUUUCUGUUCGACCACCUUCCCAAGUGGUCUAGGAGCGUGACCAAGCUCCGGCUCCCCAAGUUCAAGCUGUCCUUCUUCUGCAGCAUGAGAAAUGUUCUCAGGAGCUUGGGGCUCCAAGCAGCAUUCGGCGGGCACGCCGAUUUGUUUGACAUGGUGGAGGACUCCGGCGGUGGCGGCGACGUGCGACUGCAGGUGGAAGAUGUGUUUCACAGAGCGAUUGUCGAAGUGAACGAGGAAGGCACCGUGGCGGCGGCCGCCACGGCCGUCACCAUGGUCUCUGAGUGCGACGAAGAGCCUGAACCGCCUGUGGAUUUCGUCGCGGACCAUCCUUUUGCGUUCUUCAUAGUUGAGGAGGUGUCCGGCGCGGUGCUCUUCGCCGGCCACGUUCUUGACCCUUCUACUACAAACACCGAGUAA